UCGACCAGACGGUCGACUUUGCAGAGUAUUGCAGGACUGCAAAUGGCGGUUCUGCCAGUUCACGCGUACGGGCCUCGUCCAGGCGCCGCUCCUCGCGGACCUGCCUGACGGCGGAGUGAAGUGCGAUUCAUCGCGAAAAAAAAUCAGUAACGGCGGAGUGAAAGAAAUCAACUUAGAUAGGUGUCUGUGAUUGUCAUCUCAACUAGUGGGAAGAGAGAAAAUCCAGUCACUGGCGUCAGAGGAUAUGAAUUGUGAAUAAGGAUGUAAUAUAAUGAUAAAAAAUGCAGGACAAGAUGCAAGCUGAGCUGAUGUACCGAAAGGCUCCGGUGAUGUCUUCACACCAGGAUGUGGCGACGACACAGACCAGUAUCCAUAAGGUGAAGAGAGAACAUCGGGAUUCCAGGGAAACCAUACACUCAGGUCACUUUAUGGUGUCGGAUUUCGAAGCUGAAGCUCAGGAUGAUGAAGAUGAACUUGCAGUCCCUGUUCCAGACGAAGAGGUCGCUCGGUUGGCGAUUAUCGCGCCCGCCGGCUUCUCUUUGGAAAAGUUCGUGUCAAAUUCCUCGAAAGAUAAAAAUUCACAACAAUUGAGCAUCGAAACUUCACUCAACAAACUCUUCCAGUGCAUGUCUCUUGCUUACAGACAGAAGUUGACAUCGCCCAAGUGGAACCGCUUUAAAGGAAUCAGACUAAGGUGGAAGGACAAAAUCAGAUUGAACAAUGUCAUUUGGAGGUGUUGGCAUAUGCAGUUUAUUCUGAAACAAAAUACUUUGGUCUGCCAAUUUGCUUCCCCGCUUGAUGUCGAUACCCACAAUAAGCCGGAGGCUGUAGUUUUAGAGGGCAAAUACUGGAAGCGGAAACUUGCAGCGGUAACAGCAGAAUAUAAGAAAUGGCGAAUGUUCUACCGAAACAAGGUCCUUGGUUGGACAAGCAAGGAUGGUACCGAUAUGUUGGAGUCGAUGGAUAUGUUGGAAUGGAGCAACGGUAUGGGAACUUCAGGGGGCUUCGGGCCUGGUGCCGGGAAUUCUUAUGGAGGAAUCGGCGGGUUGCCAGGUGGAGACAGUGUGCACAGCAUGAUGGUUGAUGAAGAUUACAUGGAACUUAUGACUGACACGCUUUUUUCCACGAUUAGUUCCAAUCAGCCGAUAUAUUUCCCCGACCCCCGAGAAAUUGCUCGAGGAGCCAGUCUGGCUGACUUCAUUCAGCCCAGUCUUGGACCACUUCAGCCAAAUCUCGAUGACUUUAUGGAUACUCUUGAACCCCUACAAGAGUUCCUAAAUUCGAAACUGGCUCCUGUGCCAGAAGAGGAUUAUAGUGGAGCUCUGAGUAACAAUUAUCCAGAACUCGAUCUGAUGACGCCGAUGAACCAGACGAACAAUAUCAAUCAGCAGGCAGUUGUCAAUCAACAAUCCCAACAAUCCCUCACGCAGGCAGAACAAAACGCGAGUUUGCAGAAUCUCCAGUAUACUGCCAAAAUUUAUACCCAGUCGCAGCCGGAGUCAUCCAAUGUGUUUAGAAACAACAUGAGUCUGAGCGACAGUUUCAGUUCAGUUCAGCAGAGUUAUGAGUCACAAGCCAACAACCAACUCGCAAGAGAGAAGAACCACCAAGGAAGGACAAUUCCGAGGCCUAAUCGGAUUAUUCAGCAGCAAAAUGCCUAUCAGCAGUCAAAUUUGUCCUAUCAGCCCUCGAAUCAGCAAACCUACGCCAUGGAUGUUCAAUCUAUGCAGCUGAACUCUGGAUCGAAUCAGAUUCAACUAUCCUCUCUAGCUAAUAAUUCCCUAAACUCGACUCCACUGCCCUCAAUAACCCACGUAAAUAUGGUUGGACCUCAGGCUUAUCCUCAAAACAACUCGGCUCAGGCCCAGCCGAGAGUCAUCAAAUCGGAACCAGUUUCUCAGUCGAUGAUCAAACCCUACAAAGUCGUGCAGCAAGUGCAACAGGGCUACAAAUUUCCUGCACCUUCGCAGGGAUUCAAUACCCAGCAGUGCAAGUUCAGCACGAAUAACUUUAAGGCGAUGCCAGCUCAGCUGGUAGUUACAGUUUCGAACCAACAACCAACACAGUCACACAUAUUGUUACAGUGUAAAUCGCCCGGGCUUGAUCUUUCCCAAUCAGCCUCGCAUCCUACCAAACUUUUACCGAGACCGGUUGCACCUGCCACGGACAAGGAGGAAGUUUUCGCUGUGCCUAAGUACAAUCAAAUGAAAGUGCGAAGUAGGUCUCGAAGUAGUUCAUCCUUGGUACCUGCAAGAGUUCAUCCACCGCCUCUUGUUUCCGCAGUGAGCGAUCCAGCCAUAAGUGUGAACAACAACGUACUACUCGCACAUUUACUCACAAACAAUGCGUCUGGUAUCUACACUGUGAGCUCUGGCAAUGAAAAAAUUGUUCCUGGAGCAAGUCAAUCGUCUGGGGUCAAACACAUUUUGCCAAUGUUGCCUCCAUCUAAUUCGCCUUCACAAGUAAACAGCAGCACUCAUCACAUCUCUACUCCCAUCACAAUUCAGUCCAUGCAUUCAGCACCUACAGUACAAUCUCAAGGACAACAACAGACAAUGAAACAAUCGACAAGCGGCCAGAAGGUUUUGUUGAACACGAAUAGCCAACCUCAACAGUCCCAGGGUAGUCCAGGGUCACCAAAGGAUGGCUCCAGUGCACACAGCCCUCAGGGUCUCAGCCUGAGUCCCUUGCACAGUCCUAUGAGUCUAGGUAGUCCGCUUUCCCCUUCUCGCAUCUACGUCAAGGGCGAACCGGAACGUGGAGGACAAUAUAAGGAACAGAAGAGAGUGGGUCACAUCCAUGCAGAGCAGAAACGCAGAUAUAAUAUUAAAAGCGGAUUCGACAUGCUUCACAGCUUGAUACCGCAGCUCAAUCAGAAUCCAAAUCAGAAAUUGAGUAAAGCUGCGAUGCUUCAGAAAGGGGCGGAUUAUAUCAGGCAACUCAGGACGGAAAGGAACCAAUUGAAGGAUGAAAUGGACAAUCUCAAAAGUCAGAUUGAACGCCUUAAUACAUCUAUUAGUAAUUGCCAAUCACUACUUCCGGCGACGGGAGCGCCUGUUUCUAGACAUAGGACCAAUAAGAUGAAGGAGAUGUUCGAUGAAUAUGUACGAACACGUACAAGGGAAAACUGGAAAUUCUGGAUUUUUAGCAUAUUACUGGAGCCGUUGAUGACUUCGUUCACUACUUCUGUAUCUACAGCAAGUAUUGAUGACUUGUACAGAAGCACGAUUGUGUGGGUGGAGCAGCAUUGCUCGCUUGUUGAUCUCAGACCAGCUGUCCUCAAUUCGCUGAGGUAUCUCUCAACAGCAACCGAAAUUCUCUCGGAUCCUGCUCGUUUGCCUCAUGAAGCACGCGCAGCUGUUGAGCGAAAAUGAGUCAAGAUCUGCGGAAUAAUGACUCGCAAAGUGCAAGUUUAAAACUCCAAAGAGUGUCUUUGACUCGACGCAAAUAUUUGUAAAUUUUUCUCGCCUUCAAUUGAGUUUCGGGACAAACAAGUGCAAUGCUGUCCUUGUAGACAAUUCCGAGAUUCGCAUCUAGAAUUUAGAAUAAUUUCGAAUAAUAAAAAGAAGACCUAGCUUCAAGUCGCGUAGAUUACGAUCUCGUAUUUCGCACAUCGCAUCGACGUCUAGAAAACGAUAGAACCUACACGAAUCACCAAAUAGCGAUUCUUUUUUGCCCGGAUGAUAAGAAAACCGACUGACAAUGAAAAUAAUAAAACAGUGACUCUUUCCUUUCGGUUAUCACAAAAGGAGAAAUUCUCUUCCCAAUUUUUCGUUGACCAUUGGAGGAGACUUUCGUUUAGUUUUUUCGAAAAACAAAAAAAAUGGCAAGAAAGUUUGGUAAUGGACCUAAGAAACAUGGAAUAGAAGAUUUUUUUUAGAAAAUGGUACACAAUUUGUGCCCGAGACUUGCCUUGUCACGAAUGAUAACUUGGGCCAGAUCAUUCCAUUUUUCUUACACAGGAAAUAUUAAUGAUAUUCGUGUGAGAACUUGUACAUAAAUUUACAAAUCGAUUUUUACGAUGUCUGACGAGCGGAGGAUAUUUUUAUACCAAUCAGCGACAUUUUUUUACCUGCUAGGUACAUUUGCAUAAUUUGUACCUUAUAAUAAUAUUCUUUAAAAACAAAAAGGAGGGGAAAAAUGGUUCGUUUGUUAGUUUGAUCAGGCGAAGGUAUAAAAAGCAGAGAUUUUUGUGAGUUGGAUCAAUCUCGCAGCAUAUGUCGAUAAUAUUUUUCGAAAAAAUCUCCUCAAUCUUUAGUUGUUAUGUUAUAUAUCAUAAUCAAACUUUAUUGUUUAUACUUUAAUCCAUCCUAGAGAUUAUCCUUAGUAACAGCUUUUCGCAAAUCCUUGAGAAAAGAAAAAGAAAAAAAAACCUUCGAGUGCCUGUUCAGCGAUCACUAAGGAAAAGACGGACUUGCUUGUAAAAAAAAUGCCUGUUACGUACAAGGAAAGGAGCUGCUCAUAAAUUAUACGAAUGUUACAUCGAUACUGUUACGCAAUAUGAAGUUUUUAUUACAAAAUUUCAUGUGAUAAUGUACAAAUCGUUUAAUACAGUUCGAUUGUUAGGUAUAAUGUAAACCACACGGGAUUUCCGUGCGUCGAGAUUGCGGAAAGCAAAUUUCAUUUCUUUCCCUUUGUUUUGACAAUAUUUAGGAGGCAAGACACGACCCUCGGAAUUCCCCACAUCGAGAAUUAUAUUGUGUGUAAGUGUAAAUGAUAAAUGACGUAAAUGAAUCAAUGAAGGGAUGUUUUUUUUGUACAAUAUGCAUCAUACAAUCGUUAA